UUCGUCGCGGUAGUUGUGUCCGAACGUUGUAUCGGAACAGUCGUAUUCCGUUACCGGUUCGUGAGAGCGAUUCUAAAACAAUAUAAGAAAUAGCGCCGGAUCACCAAAAGAGCGGAUCAGUGUUAAAGUCUCUCAGCUUCAAAGAUAUUGGCUUCGGAUUGAUCCGUAUCCCAUAAAUACCACUGAACAAACGUUCCGCUCAAUACCCUUCGGGUUGUCUCCCUUUGACUCGUUUGAAUGCUCGCCUACCGCUCGGCGGUCCGUGCUGUGACCCCCCCAAGUCGACCCCCACCAGCGUUCAUAGAAAGUAAAUAAAAGAUAGAAAAAAUAAGCAGUGAAAAGCGCGCGACAAGUGAAGCGCACAGGUUACCUGUGUAUGUGUUGGUGAUGCCCCCAACAGUGUUUGGUUGUGUGAUUUCUUUUGUUUGCUGGCCAAUUGUGCUAGGGCUUAAUUGAAUGCUUGUCUCAUAUGGGCCAACAGCAGAACUUGCAGCGGUAGCCAAACAACAACAACAACAACGACAACGACAUCGAGUAUUUCGCAACGCCACAAAAAGUGUAUAUAUUGGAAAGCAAGAAGAGAAACACCAAAGCUAACACACACGCACCGAUAUCGACGGCAAGAGAAGCUAAGCCAGAAGUAUAGCGGGUAUAUAGGAAAACCAGUUCCCAGCAGCAGAAGCGAAGCAGCGCAGUCGCAGCGUUUUCUGAGAACUUUGCCGCCCAUACGAACUCUGAACACACCAAAGCAGCCAGCCAAAUAAAUAAAUUAUUUGAGGCAGCAACCACCAGAGUCGGAGAUGCGACCCACCGAACUGAGAAAACUUGCCCUUGCUGUGGCCAUGGCCGUCAGCUUGGCCCUCGUCAUGGGCGACAGCUCGUCCUCGUCCAGCUGCGGACCCAAUUUCCCGGGGGCCUGCAGCUGUGGCGAGGAGCUCUACGAGAGCGAAAUGCAGUACGUGGUAAACUGCACGAAUGCCGGACUGCGCAACACCAGUGUCCUUGAGUUCAUGCCCGAGCAGGUGGAGGUGCUGAUCUUCACGGGCAACCGAAUAACCGAACUUCCCUGGAAUGUGUUCGGGAGCAUCAACGAUUACAAGCAGUUGCGCAUUGUCGACAUGAGCAGCAAUCACAUCCGCGAGAUUCGCGGCAAGAGCUACCACCAUGUGCCGCGUGUGGAGCGACUUAUCCUGAACCACAACAACCUGAGCAUAUCCCGGUUCGACGACGAAGUGAAUCACCACCACCCGCGUGUUUUCUCCAACUUUGUGAACUUGCAGAGCCUCCAUCUGACAGACGCCUUCGAGGACAACAGCUCGCCGCAGCUGAGUGAAGACCUGCACGACAUCUUCGUAAACAGCCAGCUGUUAAAACUGCAGAAGCUGCACCUCGAGCAGAACGAGAUCACCCACUUUAAGGAUCGCAAUGUCUUCUGUGACCUUCCCUCGCUGCGGGAUCUCCACCUGGGCGACAACCAGCUGCGUGACCUCAACUUCGAGGUUCGCUGUCUCAACAACCUGCGCUUCCUCGACCUGGAGCGCAAUAAGUUCGAAUUUGUAAAGCCGAGUGACCUUCGAGUCCUCAAUGAACUAGAAGAGCGCCCCAAUCGCACAGCCAACCUGAUCGUAGACUUUAACCUCAACCCCUUUGUCUGCGAUUGCAGCAUAGCGCCGUUCCGUACGUGGAUUCCCUCCACCCGGGUGACUGUACGCAACAAGGACAGCCUCAUGUGUUUCCACUCGAAGGGACGAGUAGACGCCGCACCCGCCCACCUCCUGCAGCUCGACAUGUCCCAGUGCGCGGACGCCAUUACUGCGGCCGCCUCGAUCCUGAAUGCUGCCGAAGAGGAGCAGCGGUACGGAGCGGAGGCAGAGGCGUCGCUGCAGGCGCACCCCCACAUAACCGGUCAUACGGCCACUCUUAUCUUUCUGCUGAUCGUGCUUAGCAUGAUUCUUUUGGGGCUUCUAGUGGCCCUUGUGUACGUUAGCCGAGACAAAUUGAAGUACAUGAUCACUCCGGUGUUCGACAACGUUGCCAAGAAGGUGCAGUACACGUCGAUCAAGGACGAGGACUGCCCGGAGGUGCAUGUCUAGGAGUCACACGUCCACACAAAAUCAUUCACAGAUUAAAAAAAAGGAAGAGGGAAAGAAGAGUUUAUCCCGUUAUUUAGUUAAAAAAUCCAUUCGAUUAUGGGAAUAAAGUUUAUACAAAUCAUUUUCCGGUUCCCAGAUACUAGUUUCUUUUUAUUAAAAUAAAGGUUUCGUCUAGCAGCAGACAUGUUCCAAAAUAAUAAUACAAAUUAUUGGCUGCCCUUAGUUGACGAUUAUAACUUUUAGCUUAUCAAAAAUUUGUCUCAUAAUCGAAAAAGAAAACUUGUGAAAUUAAAUAGGAGUUUGUUUAUCCAUUAAAAAAUUUAGGAAGAAUCUGUAAAUUUAUUAAAUUCCGCAAAGUUGAAUCGGAUUAGAAUUAAAAAACGGUACUUAAACUCAUUUUUAUUUUUGCCAUUCGCGUUACGCAAUACGUGUGCCAUUGACACCAGAAGUAAAGAUGGAGAACAUGAGUUAAUUUGAUCACAGAUUCGGAUCGUAGUACUUAAGCCAACUGCUGCAUUUAACAGCGAAUGAUAUGCGACCAGCGAAAUUAAUUAACACAACCACAUUUUGUUAGUUCUAGCGUUUUUCUAACCUAACAUUAAGCGAGUUAUGCGUUUAAUGAUUUCUACACAAGGGAAUCUUAAGAAACGAGCAGGCCAACGGGCCGGUAACAACCGAUUUGACCAUACACAUACAUAUAUAGUGACAUAUAUAUAUACAUAUAUAUAUAUAUAAAUAUAUAUAGAAUCAGACACAUAUAUAUAAAUGCAUAUAUCGUAACAAACACUUUAGUGUUAUCUGUGAUUUAAGUUUAGUAGCUUUACUUUGUUGAAACUCUGCAGAAAUUUGAGGUCGAAAUUGGAAAACAACAAACGUCAACUCUUUUUAGCAUAACAAAUAAUUCUACACAUAAUGUAAAAUGUUUCUAUGCCUAAUAUGUUAUAAUUCAAUUAUUUUGUCAAUUGUACUAGCUAUACGAUGAUUUCUCCCUUGAUUUACUAUUAACAAGCAUUUUUUAUAAAUAAACUUUUCAAAAACGA